GUUGUCGUUAUUAGCGGCGAGAGCGGCUCCGGAAAGACUGAAUCCACGAAACUAGUGAUGCAGUACCUCGCGGCCGUAGCACCUUCGGCACCAAGAGGCCAAGCCCUGGUGACGGAACAAAUCUUGGAAGCCGCGCCCCUGCUGGAAGCCUUCGGUAACGCGAGGACCACCAGGAAUGACAACAGUUCGAGAUUCGGCAAGUACCUGGAGGUCUACUUCAAGAACGGCGCCAUCAUAGGCGCCAAGGUCACUCAGUACUUGCUGGAAAAGUCCAGAAUCGUCACCCAGGCCCCGGGGGAAAGGAACUACCACGUGUUUUACGAGCUCCUAGGGGGAUUGAAUAACACGGAAAGGCAGAAAUACGGGCUGGUGGAGCCGGAUAAAUAUUUCUACUUGAACCAAGGAGGUGGUGAUUGUGCACCGGGUCAUUCCGGUUCGGGAGCUGACUGGGGAGCCCUUACAAGGGCAAUGGAAGUCCUUGGCGUGGGAGAGGCUGAACAAGAAGCUAUUAUAAAGAUAUUGGCCUCCGUAUUGCACCUGGGGAACGUCUACUUCCACAGGAGGCAGUUAAGGCAUGGUCAGGAAGGCGUGGAAGUGGGUUCCGACGUGGAAAUCAAGUGGGCAGCUCAUCUUUUGCAAAUAUCCACCACUGGGCUGCAAAGGGCCUUGACUUCAAGGAUAACAGAAGCUAGAGCUGAACGUGUGCACUCGCCGUUAAGCAUAGAUCAAGCGUUAGAUGCUAGAGAUGCCUUCGCCAAGGCCCUGUACUCAGCGCUGUUCAAUUGGUUGGUAACGAGGGUCAACUCGAUAGUCCAAAGGGGAGGACUUCACGAAGCCGGGAGGAUAUCCCUACUGGACAUUUUUGGUUUUGAGAACUUCACCGAGAACUCUUUCGAACAGCUCUGCAUCAAUUUCGCGUCGGAAUCGUUACAACUAUACUUUAACAAACAUGUAUUCAAGUUAGAACAACAAGAAUACGCCAAAGAGAGACUGGAAUGGACCCAACUCACCUGGAGUGACAACACCCCAGUCAUCCACCUGUUAGGAAAGAAGCCCGUGGGUAUCCUCCACCUUCUCGACGACGAGAGCAACUUCCCCAAAGCCUCGGACUCGUCGUUCCUAGAAAAAUGCCACUACAACCACGCAUUGAACGAGAACUACUGCAGGCCUAGGGUCGGGGGAAGAGAAUUUGGAAUCCGACAUUUCGCCGGUCAGGUCUGGUACUCGGUCGACGGUUUCCUUGACAAGAACAGGGACGCCUUAAGACCGGACGUCGUAGAGCUGAUAGCUUCCAGUAAAAACGCCUUGGUGAGCGCCAUCGCCAAGCCCCUGUUGCACCAUACCCAGACCAGGACCCUGCCCAGGGGCACCAAUGGCAGGUUCGUGACCAUGAAGCCCAGGACACCCACAGUCGCCGCGAGAUUCAGCGACAGCUUGCACCAACUGUUGGAGUCGAUGUCUCGUUGCAAUCCGUGGUUUAUCAGGUGUGUCAAGCCCAAUAACGACAAGGCGCCGAUGAGGUUCGACAUGCCCGUGGUUAUGGAACAAUUGAGGUACGCGGGAAUGUUGGAUACCAUCAGGAUCAGGCAGUCCGGGUAUCCUGUCAGGAUGAAGUUCCACCAGUUCGUCGACAGAUACAG